CGUCCUCAAGUUUAAACAACACAGCAUCACUCCCCCAUUCUAUUUCCUUCUCGCUUUCUCUUUGCAAAAAUGGAAAAAGGAAAAUAACCGAGUAGCAUCAAAUUUGAAAUUUCUGCUCUUCGGCAAAAAGCUUUCAUCUAAAAAACGAUGGCCUCAAGAAGACUGACAAAGUCUGCUUUUGCAGCCAUAAAAUCAUCCAGACUUUCGCUCUAUCAAUCUCCUUUCGCAAUCUCACGUGCUCGUGCCAUCUCUGCUUCUGCUUCUCUGUUUGGCAAUUCCGUCAAUGCUGCACUUUUUAAUAGAGUUUCAGCCAACGACAAUGUUGUUUUGGCCAACUUAUCCACUGUCACCUUCACGCGCUGCUUUCACUCUUCCCCUUGUCAUUUCGCCGCUGCCACCAGCUCUUCACAGGCUAAUCCAUCAGAAUUCACUGAGAUGGCAUGGGAAGGUAUUGUUGGUGCUGUUGAUGCGGCACGAGUUAGCAAACAGCAAGUAGUGGAAACUGAGCAUUUGAUGAAAGCCCUUUUGGAGCAAAAGGAUGGAUUAGCUAGGAGAAUAUUCACAAAGGCUGGGGUGGACAACACAUCAGUUUUGCAGGCUACAGAUAACUUUAUUUCCCAACAACCAAAGGUGGUGGGUGACACCAGCGGUCCUAUAAUGGGUCCAUAUCUAAGUGUCUUGUUGGACAAUGCUCGAAACCAUAAGAAGGAAAUGGGAGAUGAUUUUGUGUCAGUAGAGCAUUUUGUUUUAGCAUUCCAUUUGGAUAAGAGGUUUGGGCAGCAGUUACUGAAGAACCUCAACAUCACAGAGAAGGAUUUGAGGGAUGCCAUCCAAGCUCUUCGCGGAAGUCAGAGAGUGAUUGAUCAAAAUCCUGAAGGGAAAUAUGAGGCACUGGAAAAAUAUGGGAAUGACUUGACUGAGCUUGCUAGGCGUGGCAAACUUGAUCCUGUUAUUGGUCGAGAUGAUGAAAUUCGGCGGUGUAUCCAGAUAUUAUCUCGGAGAACAAAAAAUAAUCCGGUUAUUAUUGGUGAGCCUGGUGUGGGAAAGACUGCCAUUGCUGAAGGACUAGCCCAGAGGAUAGUACGUGGUGAUGUGCCAGAACCACUGUUGAACCGGAAGUUAAUCUCCUUAGACAUGGGUUCAUUGGUUGCUGGAGCCAAGUAUCGUGGGGAUUUUGAGGAAAGGUUAAAAGCCGUGCUGAAGGAAGUUACUGCCUCAAAUGGGCAAAUCAUUUUAUUUAUUGACGAGAUCCAUACUGUUGUUGGUGCAGGGGCUACAAGUGGAGCAAUGGAUGCUGGGAACUUGUUGAAACCAAUGCUAGGGCGAGGUGAGCUCCGAUGCAUAGGAGCAACUACAUUGAAUGAAUAUAGGAAAUAUAUUGAGAAGGACCCAGCACUUGAGCGCAGAUUUCAACAAGUCUUUUGUGAUCAACCAUCUGUUGAAGACACAAUAUCCAUUCUUCGUGGUCUGCGUGAGCGGUAUGAGCUGCAUCAUGGUGUUAAAAUAUCAGACAGUGCCCUUGUUUCGGCAGCAAUUCUUGCGGACAGAUACAUCACGGAACGAUUUUUGCCUGACAAAGCCAUUGAUCUUGUGGACGAAGCUGCUGCAAAGCUGAAAAUGGAGAUCACUUCUAAGCCCACGGAAUUGGAUGAGAUUGACAGGGCUGUUUUAAAGCUGGAGAUGGAGAAAUUAUCACUAAAGAAUGACACUGAUAAAGCAUCCAAAGAGAGGUUAAGCAAGCUUGAAAAUGAUUUGAGUGAGCUUAAACAGAAGCAAAAAGAACUAAACGAACAGUGGGAAAGUGAGAAGGUUCUGAUGACUCGAAUAAGAUCAAUCAAAGAAGAGAUUGAUAGAGUCAACCUAGAGAUGGAAGCUGCUGAGCGCGAGUAUGACCUGAAUCGUGCUGCUGAGCUGAAAUAUGGAACUCUUAUGUCCCUUCAACGCCAGUUAGAAGAGGCUGAGAAAAAUCUUGCUGACUUCCGAAAGUCUGGAAAAUCUAUGCUUCGAGAAGAGGUCACUGACCUUGAUAUUGCUGAGAUUGUAAGCAAAUGGACUGGCAUACCUAUAUCAAACCUUCAGCAAUCUGAGAGAGAGAAGCUAGUCUUCCUUGAACAGGUGCUCCACAAGAGGGUAGUUGGUCAAGAUAUGGCUGUAAAAUCAGUGGCUGAUGCAAUCCGGCGUUCAAGGGCAGGAUUGUCAGACCCAAAUCGACCAAUAGCUAGCUUCAUGUUUAUGGGCCCUACUGGCGUUGGCAAAACUGAACUUGCAAAGGCUUUAGCUGGCUACCUCUUUAACACAGAAAAUGCUAUGGUUAGAAUAGAUAUGAGUGAGUAUAUGGAAAAACAUGCUGUAUCGCGCUUGGUUGGGGCUCCACCAGGUUAUGUUGGAUAUGAAGAAGGAGGGCAGCUCACUGAAGUAGUUCGUCGAAGACCAUAUUCUGUGGUACUGUUUGAUGAAAUUGAAAAGGCACAUCAUGAUGUCUUCAAUAUUUUAUUACAAUUGUUGGAUGAUGGAAGGAUAACUGAUUCUCAAGGGAGGACUGUUAGUUUUACCAACUGUGUUGUGAUUAUGACUUCAAACAUUGGUUCCCAUCUUAUACUUGAAACUCUCCGUAAUACACAAGACAGCAAGGAAACUAUAUAUGAUAUCAUGAAACGGCAAGUUGUUGAGUUGGCUAGACAAACUUUCCGCCCAGAAUUCAUGAAUCGGAUUGAUGAAUAUAUUGUUUUCCAGCCAUUGGACUCCAGAGAAAUUAGUAAAAUCGUUGAGAUACAGAUGAACCGGGUGAAGGAGAGACUCAAACAAAAGAAAAUCGAUCUUCAUUACACCAAGGAAGCCAUUGAUCUUUUAGCGACAUUGGGCUUUGACCCGAACUUCGGAGCAAGGCCAGUUAAGCGGGUGAUACAACAGUUGGUUGAAAAUGAAAUUGCAAUGGGAGUCUUGAGGGGAGAGUUCAAGGAAGAAGAUUCAAUUGUAGUCGAUGCCGGUGCCUCCUCAGAUGCAUCUCCUCCAAACAGGUUGCAAGUCAGGAAAUUAGAUUCCAGCUCCCCAGCGGAAGCCAUGGUUGUCAAUGACUAAUUGCAGGUAUGUUCAAUAGAAACGUUUCUUUGGCUUUUGUGAAUAUCAUAGUUCCUUAACAAUCAUGAGGUUGUGCUUUUGUCUAUCCAAUAUCGGGCAGCUCCUGACAUGAUCUAUCAGGAUACGAAAGCAAUCGUACUGAUUGGCAGCCUUAAGUUAGGAAGCUAUGGCAAAGUUUUUGCUUUAAGCCAUUCGUUUUCCUUUUUUUUUUUUUCAUUCACUUUUUGUAAAGAGACAGAUGAAACAAAUCGGUCCUUCAAAUUCCCAUGUUUAGUUGGUUAAGCUCUCUCUUUCUACUAUAAUAGCAAAUGAUAAACUUCGAUUUUCUUUUUUCUAGACGAGAGACCAUACGGACCGGAAUAACAUUGUAUGUUAGACAGUAUAAUAGCUCUAUUCUCUUGAACUCAAACAUUUCA